UUGUUACUUAAUUGUGUGAAAUAUUUGCGUACGAAAUACAGUGAAGUAGAAGGUAGCAUAAAUGUAUCUCCUUUAUUAAAUUCCAUUUAUGUCUCAAUGUCAAUAUGUCCCAAAAAUGUCUGAAGUUAAACCACAGGUUACUCAUGGAAACAAAGGGGGACGUUAAAAAUGUCCAAUCCAGUUAAAAAAUUGAAACAAGGAGAAAAAUCGCUCCUGAAAUCCAGAGAAUUACAGAGAAAGGCGUCCAAUGAUCUCAGGAGGCUCCAGUCCCUGCUCGCCAAAGGCAUUCCCAGGCAAGAGGUGGCCGCGCUGAGUCACAGUAAAGCACGCAGCAGUGGAGUCAGCAGAUCUCCAGGCCUGCAUGCUCCAAAAGAUACCAGCAGACAGAGGAGUGAGAGUGACUUCUCCAGCGAAGCAUCUGAACUGGACAAAUUCAGCAUCACAUACAGAGACCAAAGAUGUUUCAGCAGCCACCCAUUGCAGAAACUCUUCUCUGAAAUCCUAACGUCUUUGGUGAAGAACAGACUCUGCAGUGACUGGAUUGACCAUGCUCUGCCUGAGUCUGUCCUCAGAGUUCUGAUCUGUCUACGAUUACUGAUUAGAGAUCCUCACCAUCAGAAAAUCCUCCAUCAGCUCCAAGGCAUCAAUUUACUUGCCAGGUAUAUGGAGCAUGUCACUGUCAUGUACAUAUCGUGUGGUGAACAGGCGUUUGCUGUGCAGAAGCUGGUCACAAUGACCUACAUGUUUCAGAAGCUGUCUGCCGUUGAAGAUCAAAGGGUCUGGGUCAUCCAUAGCGGCGCUCACAGGACCUUGGUGAAGCUCCUCUCAACAACAGAUGGCAGUGUGCUGCUGGGGGCCCUGCUGGCACUCACCACUUUGGCUGAGAGCCCAGAAUGCAAGGAGAAGAUUGGCGAGCUAACCAUUGUUGAGAACCUACUUCUAAUACUGCAAGAAUAUGACCUGCUUUCAAAGAGAAUGGGUGCGGAGCUGCUGAGGCUCCUGUCUCCGGUGUGGCAGGUGAGGGAGCAGCUGAGGGGGCUGGAGGGUUUGCCGGUGCUGCUGAGCCUGCUGAACGCUCAGCACCUGAAGCUGCUGUGGAGCGUGGCCUGGGUCCUGGUCCAGCUCUGUGAGGACCCCGACACCAGGGCGGAGAUCCGGAGCUGGGGCGGGGUGCAGCAGCUUCUCCGGCUGCUCCACAGUGACAGGCAGUACAUCUGUGACCGCUCGUCCAUCGAGACGCUCUCCAGCGCCAACGCAGCCGGCCGAAUCCACAGAGAGCACAUCAGAGAGGAGCUGAGCCCUCAGGAGGACGAGGACAACACCAUGGCCCUGCAGUCAGCCUGCUGUACGGUUCUGACUGAGCUGAGUCUGGAUGACACAUCUGCUCACCACAUUGUGCAGGAAAAUGGGGUCUAUAUAAUCGUAAAGUUGAUUUUACCACAAAACCAAAGACCGAAGCGCACAUCUUUACAGUGCUAUGCAUUUCGGACCCUCCGGUUUCUCUUUAGUGUGGAAAGAAACCGACAUCUGUUUAAGAGACUCUUUCCCACAGAUCUCUUCGAGUUGUUUAUUGAUGUUGGACAUUAUGUGCGGGACCUCGCGGCCUACGAGGGGCUGCAAACCAAAGUUUCACUGUACACUGAAGAGGAAGUGGACAGUCUAAAAGAGAGCAUAGAGACUGUGGACCAGAACCGACCUCCCCUUAAAGUCAUCAACGGUUACUCCAUACUGGACCAUCUGGGCACCGGCGCCUUUGGAAGCGUCUUUAAGGUCCGAAAGCAGAGUGGCCAGAACCUCCUUGCUCUGAAAGAAGUGAACCUCCAUAACCCGGUGUUUGGCAAAGACAAGAAGUCGAGAGACAAUAACGUGGAGAAUAUAAUCUCUGAGCUCACGAUCGUCAAAGAACAGAUGAUGCACCCAAACGUUGUUAAAUAUUACAAGACAUUUUUGGAAGGCGACAGGCUGUACAUUGUGAUGGAGCUGAUCGAGGGAGUGCCACUGGCUGAACAUUUCAACUCUCUGAAGGAGAAGCAGCAGAAAUUCACAGAAGACAGACUUUGGAAUGUUUUCAUACAGAUGUGUCUGGCACUGAGGUACCUGCACAUGGAAAAGAGAAUAGUUCACCGCGACCUCUCGCCUAACAACAUCAUGCUGGGGGAGAAGGACAAAGUCACCAUCACUGACUUUGGCCUCGCCAAGCAGAAACUGGAGAACAGCAAGCUGACUUCGGUGGUCGGCACCAUCCUUUACUCCUGUCCAGAGGUGGUGAAGAAUGAGCCAUAUGGAGAGAAAGCAGACGUCUGGGCUUUGGGCUGCAUCCUCUACCAGAUGGCCACUUUACAGCCUCCGUUCUACAGCACUAACAUGCUGUCACUGGCCAGCAAGAUUGUAGGGGCCGUCUACGAGCCAAUUGAAGAAGGAGCUUUCUCAGAGAGAGUCACAGAUAUGAUCAGAUGGUGCUUGAGUCCAGAUCCAGACCGGCGGCCCGACAUUGUGGCCGUCACCACGAGGAUCUCCGACCUCAUGAUGAGGCUGAUGGACGACCUCUACACUUCCCAGAAUGCACUGGAAAGAAGAGCAGAGAGAGACAGGAAACGAGCGCAGAAGUACUUCCUGGAGAGGCACAAAAGCAAGACAAACUGCUGUCACUCGAACCCGUCUCAGGAAAAAUGCCUAAUAAAUAUUGAAUAUCCAACUCCACGGUCUUCUGGGGCCGGUAGUUCAAACCACAGUGAACAAGAUGAGGCAUCAGAUGGAGAUGAUGAGCAAUGCAACAUCACUAAAGGAAAACACUACGGACUAACUUCCAGUGCCUGUGUUACGCCUGACCGAAAUCAGUCUAGUGGGGAUUCUGCUGCUGCCAACAUUAAACCAAGACCAGUGUUAGCAGGGAUCUGUGUUUCCCAGAAGAAAGUCCGGCAGAUUGAUGAUCCCAUCCAGAGGCUCCUCGUGCAGCUGCACAAAAUUAUUUACAUCACUCAGCUUCCACCAGCUUCGCACCGCAACAUCAAACGACGUGUCAUUGAAAGAUUUAAAAAGUCUCUGUUCCAAUUUGGGAGUGAUCCAUACAACCUGAAAGUGCAGCUCAGCAAGCUCCUCCAGGCCUCUCCAGAGCUGAUGGAGUUAGGCUCAGCCUCUUCAGACUGGUGGCCUCUGCUCCACCACUUCUCAGGAGAGGCUAAUGCUGACAGCUCAGAUGACGGGAAUCUUAAAGACGGAGUCACCUAUCAGCAGAUGCAGGGGAUCAUAGAGGAACUGCUGGAGGAGAACAGCUACUACGAAGCAACCCAGCAGGAUAACAGAGAAAAGAGAUGACAGAGGAACCAAUUAACCCUUGUUCAUUUGCAUCCUUUAACACAAGCAGUGGGAAAAACACAUUUUAUUUAAGCAUGGAAGCAACGUAACUCAAAAACUAAGUAUGUUCUUCUCUUUAUUACUCAGCUUAGUCCAUGCUGUGGUAAGGCGGCUGUAACAUGGUCCAUCCCUCUCAGCCUGCAAAUAGCAAUUAAUCCAUUUUUGGUUGAUAAAAUCUGUCACACCGUGUUUUAAUGUUAACGUUAAUGUUAAUCACUUUCCUAAAAUCCAUAAAUUGGCCAAAAUAUUUUCUGUCGAUUGACUAAUCGUUGCAGCAACACCACACCUCUUUGGUUCUCAGGCAUUGAUUAUUUGUAAUAGUUUAGUGAACUGUGUGAAUCUAUGCAUGUACAUAUAUGUGAUAAUUGUUAUAUCCGGUUUGUAUUUAUUUCAGUCCAUGAAAAAUGUAUCACAUCAAAGAAACAACACACUAAACCUUAAACACUAUCCAAAGCUUUUUUUUCUUGUGUAAAGUUUCCCAUUUGUCAAAGAGUCUAGCUCUUUAAGUUCUCAGGACCAGACUCAACACUGUGACUGUUCAACCCCUCACUGCAUAACACCGCAUAUGUUUCAAAAUGCUCCAAAUCCAAACCUUCCUCUUAAUUACAAGUCAAAGGUUAUCAUUACUGCUGUUAAAAAAAUGAUUAACAUGUGAAAUAUACUGUGCUAAACUCACUGAAUGUUUUUACAGUCAUUUUGAAGAAUGGAGGGCAGCUUCAGGGACGCUUUCAUAUGCACUUUGAUCCAUACGGGAUUUAUCAGUAUAAUCUGUAGAAUAAGCUAUUUCAAAUGAUAUACCAAAUAAAUUA